ACGUCGGAUUUUUGGUGUGGGAUCUGGCAACCCUCGAUACCGGAAGUGCUCAUUCUCGGAAAGCUGCGCGGGAAAGGCGUCUGUUUGGGUGAAGGCGGGAGAGAUACACGGACGGAGCAACUGUUGAACAAUUGUUACGACUUUUGCCAUUUCAGUUGUCGAGGUAACUGGUGUCAGGAUGAAGGUGGUAACCUGUGAGAUUGCCUGGCAUAAUAAGGAGCCGGUGUACAGUAUGGAUUUCCAGCAGAGUGGUGAGGGAAAGACACAGCGGCUAGCUACAGCUGGGGUGGACACCACAGUACGGAUGUGGCGUGUGGAUAAAGGGCCUGAUGGGAAGGCGGUCGUUGAGUUUUUGUCUAACUUGGCACGACACACUAAAGCAGUGAACGUAGUGCGGUUCUCACCCACAGCUGAGAUCUUGGCUUCUGGAGGGGAUGAUGCUGCAAUCUUGCUUUGGAAACUGAAUGAUAAUAAGGAGCCUGAACAAACCCCGACUUUUCAGGAGAAUGAAGAUGAUCAACUCAAUAAAGAGAGCUGGAGUGUGGUCAAGACACUGAGGGGACAUAUUGAGGAUGUAUAUGAUAUCUCAUGGACCAGCGAUGGGAACUUCAUGGUUUCGGGCUCUGUGGACAACACUGCCAUCAUGUGGGAUGUCAACAAGGGUCAAAAGAUGUGCAUUUUUAAUGAUCAUAAGAGUUAUGUGCAAGGAGUAGCAUGGGACCCACUUGGACAGUAUAUCAGCACAUUAAGCUGUGACAGGGUUAUGCGUGUGUACAGUGCUCACAACAGGAAAAAAGCUUACAGUGUGAGUAAGAUGACCUCAGCCGCAGCUGCAGACGGAGAGGUGAAGAACUACAGAAUGUUCCAUGAUGACAGCAUGAGAUCUUUCUUCAGACGUCUCGCAUUCACACCUGAUGGGUCAUUCCUCCUUGCUCCAGCCGGGUGUGUCGAGGCUGGAGAGAAUGUCACAAACACAACAUACGUAUUCUCCAGAAAAAGCUUUAAAAGGCCCAUUGCUCAUCUGCCGUGUCCAUCUAAAGCGACACUGGCUGUGCGCUGCAGCCCAGUGUACUAUGAGCUGAGGACGAAAACAGCUGAAGGUGGUUCACUGAAGCCAGUGUCAAACACGUUGAAUUUGCCAUAUCGGCUGGUGUUCGCGGUUGCAUCGGAAGACUCAAUCUUCUUUUAUGACACACAACAGGCACUGCCGUUUGGAUACGUGUCCAACAUCCACUACCACACGCUGAGUGAUCUCAGCUGGUCUCGUGAUGGCUCCUUCUUGGCAGUGUCAUCUACUGACGGCUACUGUUCCUUCGUGUCGUUUGAGGAAGGGGAGCUAGGCACCCCACUGAAAGAGCGACCUCCACUGGAGAUGGUGACUCCAUCCUCUACUAAUGAGAAGAAAGGCAAGAGACUCUCCGCUAAUGGCAGGACUGCUUCCCCGGUCCCUCGCCAGGCCAACACACCUGCUGCACAGGAAAAGGAGAAAGAGGGAUCUGCUGGCCCCGCGUCCUCCAAGACCCCCAGCGUGUCUGGUCCAGAAGAGAAACGCACACCUCAAGCACUGAAAACCAAACCUCAGGCUAGAAGGAUCACACUCAAUACCCUGGAAGGCUGGGGCAAACCCAACACCCCCAAAUCACCGGCAACUGCCCCCAGUACAGCCCCCAACACACCCAAAUCUGCUCCCUCCACCCCUGGAUCCAGCAGAGGACCCCUUACACCUCUUACAGCCCCUAGCACUCCCCUGGGACCCCUCAACUCCAAAAAUACCACAACUCCAAAAGGACCAACUCCUCGACGAAUUUCAUUGACUCCAGUUGUCUCCAAAUCCCCCACUGCUUUUGUCACCCCAUCUUCCACUGAGAAAGCCAAACAUGAGAGACCAUCUCCCCCCAGCGACCCAGCAUGCAAACCUCCUGAAUCCAAGAGGUCCAAGACUGAUGUUACCAGUGGUUCUGCCCAGAGCAGUGAGCACAAAGUGGACACAGAACCCAGCGUCAAACCCCAAGAACCCUAAACACUGAAUGUGGUUUUGUCUCUCUUUAUUAGCAAUCUCAUCCUCAGAGUACACUCAUAAACCAAUAACUUAAACAACCUGAUCCCAUGGACAUAUGGAGUUGCAUACUAUGUUUCUGAAACUCAUCUUCGCUUUCAUUUUCAAUGUUUGUCAAUUUUCUAUUUGAAGAGAAAAAAUUACAUGUAAUUAUUCUCUAUAACCACCUACUCCCUCGUGACUGAAAUUCCUUUUUUAUCUUAUGGACAGAAAUAUUUUACUUUUGUACCAUCUGUUUGAAUUUUCUUCAUAAAGAUUCUUAAGAAUGGGGAGAUUGCUUGAGACUGAGAUCAGAAGCAGGUUAUUGCUACACAAGCAGAUUAUUGCACUUAUCUUGAAAUAUUGAGUGAGAAAACUCAUAUAAAUUUCAUACAAGUUAAAAGAACAGGUCAGGUUAUUUAAACAUAACUAAAAUGAGCUUUAAGGCAAAAUGACAGUAACUUGUUUUACACUUCCUAAUUUUGUGUUUCCAUUUAGAACCCAUUUCAGAACUAAUAUAAAUGGCACUCAAUGCAUUUAAAGCAUUUUUUAUAAAGUUUGAAUCAAGAUUUUUUUUCCCCCAAAGUUCACAUUUAUUAUAUCUUUUUGUUAAAUAUGGAUGAACGGGGUGAGGGCAAUAUUAAAAGUAGCAGUCGGGAUCUUCUGUGGCCACCAGCUGCUAUAAAUACUAUAGUGCAUCUUUUCCACAUGGACUGCACCAGUUUUCCACCAAGGCAAUUGCAAGUUCUUGAACAUGGGAGGACACAAGAUUACAUGUGGUAUUGCAAAGAUGAUCAGCUGUCUUAGGCAUCUUGUGUUAUGGACAUUGCAGUUUUUUGCUCUGGCCACCUGCAGUUGUCAUGUUCUCCUUACAGCAAAAGUAUGGCAUGUUCAGGGAGCCUGGGCAUCUUUUGGUG